AGUCAAUAAUCACGUCCAACCGACCCUGCACACUUGGGGGAAAAGAACAAGCGCUUAAAGUCUCGAACACAUCCGCGAAGAUAACACUCAUUAUCACAAAAUCAAUAAUGGAAGUAGCUCUCCUCUUGGCGAUCUCUCUUCCCCUGCUCUUGCUUUUCACACUUCGAAAUCACCAUGUCCGCAAGUCGAGUCGCCGCCCCCCAGGUCCCCCUGGCCUCCCAGUGAUAGGAAACAUGCACCAGUUCGACAGCUUAAGCACCCACGUCUACUUGUACAAACUUUCCCAGAAGUAUGGCCCUCUCAUGUCUUUACAGUUAGGCUCCGUUCAAACUCUAGUCAUCUCCUCGGCUGCUGCAGCCAAACAAGUUUUUAAGUACCAUGAUCUAUGCUUUUCAAGCAGGCCAACUCUAGUUGGCUCGCAAAGAGUAUCCUAUAACGGCAUAGAUGUUGUGUUUGCACCCUAUAACGACUACUGGAGGGACAUGAGGAAAUUAUGUAACUUACAUCUUUUUAGUACUAAAAGGUCUCAGUCUUUUCAACCCAUCCGCGAACAAGAAGUUGCUCGGAUGGUCAAAACUAUUCGCGGUAGUGCUGCUGCUGGUGAUUCUAAUAUUGUGAAUUUGAGCAAAACUCUCAUGACUUUGACGAGCUCAAUCAUAUUCCAAAUUACCUUUGGUAGAGGAUAUGAUGAUAAUAUGAGUAGUCGAUUUCAUUGGCUACUUACCGAAACUCAGGCCAAUUUUGUAAGUUUCUUUCUUACGGAUUAUUUUCCUGUAGUAGGUCGGUUGAUUGAUAGGCUUAGUGGGGCGUAUGCACGUCUGGAGAAGAGUUUUAUUGCAUUGGAUGCAUUUUAUCAGCAACUCAUUGAUGAACAUCUUCACGCGUCCUCUGUAUCUGCCCAAGAGGGCAGCAUCCUCGACAUCUUACUGCAGAUGAAAAAGGAUUCAUCCGAGUUCACCUUUGAUCACGUCAAAGCAAUAUUAAUGAAUGUUAUAGUUGCGGCAUCAGAUACAAGUGCAGCAGCUGUGGUAUGGGCGAUGACUUUGUUAAUUAAGAACCCGGAAAAAAUGAAGAAAGUGCAACAGGAGGUUAGAGAGGUGACAGGAAAAAAAGAAUUUCUAGACGAAAAUGAUGUGCAAAAGCUUGUUUAUCUUAAAGCAGUGGUGAAGGAGGCUAUGAGAUUGAACCCCCCUGUUCCACUUCUUGUUCCUCGCGAAACAAUUGAAAAAUGUGUGAUAAAUGGGUACGAUAUUGAAGCUAAAACACUUGUGUACGUCAAUACAUAUGCUAUAGGAAAGGAUCCCGAGUCUUGGGAAAAUCCCAACGAGUUUUUGCCCGAAAGAUUCAUGACAAGUAGCAUUGAUUUCAAAGGACAGGAUUUUGAGCUAAUACCAUUCGGGGUAGGACGGAGAAUAUGUCCAGGAAUAGCAAUGGGAGUGGCUACGACAGAGCUAGCGCUGGCUAAUCUUCUCUACUCAUUUAACUGGGAAUCGCCUCCCGGCAAGAAGAUUGAAGAUAUUGACAUGGCUGCCCUGCCUGGUAUAACAAUGCACAAGAAAAAUCAUCUUUGUCUUGUCCCAGAAAUCAUUUGUUGAUUAAAACAAGAAACGCAGGUGUAACGUUUGUGCCUGUGACCGUGUGAAAUAUCAGUAUGUUUUGUGUAAUAAUUAUGACCGUGUUAGUCUUAUCUUUUCCUGAAAUAAGUCCUUAUUCUUGUCGAGUAAGGGGAGCCAAACAUGUUCAAUGUCAGAACGUUUUAGUGAA